CAACUCAAUCUCCUCCCCCAGCACACUUCCUUAGCCUUCUCCCCUCUCAAUCUAUGCCCCCAGAGAACGAUUCUCCGAGCCCGCCCCAGAUUAUGUGUCACAGUUUGCGUGAUUAUGGGGGACAAGAAACAGAGUACGCAUAUGGAGAUUUCGGAUGAGGAAAUCCCCGAUAGUAAUGCCGACUCAGUACAGAUCUCGCCACGCCUGGUGGAGAAGCGUGCACGGAAGGAAUCAGAGAGGUUUACGUAUCUCGUUGCGGCUGUUAUGUCUACCUUUGGAAUUACUUCCAUGGCUGUUUUGGCUGUUUACUAUAGAUUUUACUGGCAAAUGGAAGGUAGAGAGAUUCCUUUGACUGAAAUGUUCGGUACAUUUGCUCUAUCCGUUGGUGCUGCGGUGGGUAUGGAGUUUUGGGCAAGAUGGGCUCACAAGGCUCUUUGGCACGCUUCCUUAUGGAACAUGCACGAGUCUCACCACCGACCUAGAGAAGGUCCAUUCGAGCUCAACGAUGUGUUCGACAUAGUCAAUGCAGUCCCAGCCAUAGCUCUCCUCUCCUAUGGAUUCUUCCACAAAGGUCUAGUUCCAGGAUUAUGCUUCGGUGCAGUGAGUCUCUUCUCUUCUCAAUUUCUUUAUUUUUUAUUAUUUAAAAAUAUUUUACUAAUUUAUCUUCUCUCUCAAUAUCUUCUGAAUCUGAUGAUUAUAACUUAUUAACGGUUUUAAUCAUAAUUAAUUGCUUUGCGCUACCUCUACUCAAUCUGACGUUUACUGAUCUUCUGCAACCAAGGUUCGCCAUUUUAUUUUUUGAGUUUAUUUUUGGCCGUGGGGGCUAAUUUGCAAAAGAAGUUUUUUGUGCAAAUGAGUUUUUGAGAUUGAUAAUCAAUGUACAGAUUUAAGAAUAAAAAUGAAAGCUUUAUGUGUUUGUUGUUUUAUUUCUGGGAAAGUGUUAGUUUGAUAAAUAGCUCAAAAAUGAGCUUUCUUUUAGCUAAGAUUGAGUUAUGUAAUAACUUGAUGAGUUUGUUCUUUUCUUUGUAUAGCUUCGUUUGAGAUCUAAAUUUUUUUCUUUUUUCAAUUAUGUACUUUCUAAUCUAUAUUUGUAUAUAGUUUUUUUAUCAUCUCUUUUUGAGUUCUGGAAUUUUUCUUCCCUUCAUUUGGGUAUUCAAAAAAGUAAGCUCAUCAGAAUUUAGUUCUUGAUUUCUUUUUCAAUGUAUAUAUGUGUUUUGCUAACAGUGUGGUAGAGAUUUUGGUAGUCCUGUUGUUAUUUUCGUCCAUAUUUAGGUCUAUUCAGGAUUAUGAUUUUGUGUGCUGAAAGGAUUCAUAUCUUCAUUGAUAUUUUUUCUCUCUAUAAUGUCGGCGUUAAGUUUUUGUCAUUGCUGUGUACCAUUACUGUACAUUGGAUGUGACCAACCCUGGUUUUUGUUGAGUGAGGAUGUGGUGGAUUUUCGAUUUGACCACUUAGCUGAAGACGAAAUUGAAGGACGUUACUUAAUUUUCGUAAGUUUGUGUAUACUUAAUUAUUGAUUGAUAUUCAGUCAAAAAAAUUAUUGAUUGAUAUCAGUAUUAAUUUUUCCUAUAAUUAUGGUUUCUACAUUUAUAGUAUUUAAUUUAAUUUGCAUUUUCUUAGAUUUUGGGAGUAAUAAUUAUAUUUGUACGUUUACCUUUUUGGAAUCAUGAUUAUAAAUAUAGCCUUAUUUAUAUUGAUUUUA